AUGUCGCUCAGGGUGUCGCUCGAGUUGCCGCUUGCUUUGGCUGCGGCCUUGCAGACCUCGGCCGAUCCGACGAGAAACGAGACGCUGCUCGAACAAACCACCAGAGCCGCUGCCAAGGCAGUCAAGGCGCUUCCCACCAAGUUCGCGCCGCCAACUAACGACGAUGAGCUGGCCGAUAAUGGCAGGUCGCAGCCAAGGUGGCCCAUCAGCUUCAUCUCAUCAGAUCAAUCUGUCGACUCGGAUGACCAUCUCUUCACGCCGCACGCCUCGGAUCAUGACGGCAGCACACUGGUGAACAUGGAAACUGUAGCUGAUGCCACUGAAGCGCUCCGACUUGAGCUGCAGCGACUGGACCAGGCUUCACGUGUCGAUGCACCGAGCUCCGCGAGCGGCACUUACAGCUUGCGCGCCCUGAGCUAUCAAAGCCGACACCUGUGCGAGCGCUGCACUGUCCUCGACAAAGGCUAUGACGUCUUCUUCCAGGCGGCCGAUGGUAGCGCAAUCUCCAUUCAUGUGCAUGACCGCAUGCAGAUCGGAGAACUCAAGAAGAUGAUUCAGGAGAUUACGGGUGUGGCCCGCGUGAAUCAGUUAGUUUGGAUCGCAGAGCAGAAAGAGACAACGGAGAAAGAACACAGCGGCGUGGCUCCUCAGAAGGUGUGCUAAUGCCGUUCAAAGAGCGAGAAGCACAGCGAAGCUAAGUGAUUUCUGCAGCCAAACAAGCUCCCGCCUCGCUCGGUGAACCCACUUCAUUUUUCCAGCCCGCUCCCACGCCCGAAGGGCGGUAUACCCUCCAGUAAGAGAGUCGAUAGCCCCAUUGGACCUCCACCGAAAUCGCCACUACCGCCUCCUCCUACUCCUGGAGCCGCCCCCUUCACUCCAACAAGCGCUCCCUCGUUCCAGGUUACCAUACGCUUCAACAGCAAGAAGCUCACCACUUUGGAUGUGCACCAAGACACUACUGCGCAGGAUGUGAAAGAUUUGAUUGGAGUCAUGACGGGUGUGAACACGGAGGGGCACGGUCUUGUCUCCCAAGGUAGAGACUUGAGCGACAAUCAGAAGUUGUCCUUCGUAAGUCUUCUGCACGAUCUACGCGCAGCAGAAAAUUGAGCUGACCCAUCAUUGUACAGUAUGGUAUCUGCGACUCUACCACGCUAUGCCUCGUGAAGGGUAAGGCUGGUGCACCGGACGCAGCGGUCCCUACGACUGAACCUCUUUGGCCAAUCAGCGGGCUCUGA